AUGGCAACCAACGGAAAGAUGACAACCUCCAUGGUGACGUCAAAGUUCCUCGACCACCAGUCCGACCUGGGCGUCGUGGCUGUCGGCUUUUCUGGUGGACAGUGCAAACCCGGCGUCGACGCUGCUCCCUCGGCCCUCAUCGAGUCCGGCCUGCUCACCCAGCUGCGCGACGAGCUCGGCUACACCCUGCACGGCGACGACAAGGUCCACCUCUACACCGACUUGGUGCCUGCCAAUGACGCCGACUACCGCGGCAUGAAGAACCCGCGCGCCGUCUCUGCCGUCACCGAGCGCAUCGCCGAGCAGGUCUACGCCCAGUCGCGCGAGGGCCGCCUCACCCUGACGCUGGGCGGCGACCACAGCAUCGCCAUCGGCACCAUUGCCGGCACCGCCAAGGCGACGCGCGAGCGUCUGGGCCCGCGCGGCGAGAUGGCCGUCAUCUGGGUCGACGCACACGCCGACAUCAACACCCCCGAGACCAGCGGCAGCGGCAACAUCCACGGCAUGCCCGUGGCGUUCCUGACCGGCAUCGCCUCGGACGCAAACAAGGACUACUUUGGCUGGCUGCGCCCGGAGCACCGCCUCAGCGUCACGAAGCUCGUGUACAUUGGCCUCCGCGACGUCGACGCCGGCGAGAAGCGGAUCCUGCGCGAGCACGGCAUCAAGGCCUUUAGCAUGUUCGACAUUGACAAGCACGGCAUCGGCCGCGUCAUGGAGAUGGCCCUCGCCCACAUUGGCUCCGACACGCCCAUCCACCUGUCCUUUGACGUCGACGCGCUCGAUCCCAUGUGGGCGCCCUCGACGGGCACGCCCGUGCGCGGCGGCCUGACGCUGCGCGAAGGCGACUUCAUCUGCGAGAGCGUCCACGAGACGGGCCAGCUAAUUGCCAUGGACCUCGUCGAGGUGAACCCGAGUCUGGCACCGGAGCAGGAUAUGGGUGCGCACGAGACGGUGCGUGCGGGGUGUUCGCUGGUGCGGUGCGCCCUGGGCGAGAGCCUGUUAUGA